UUUGUUGUGUUUAGUCUGCCAGAAAUUCAAAAGAGGAAUAAGAAGCAGAAAACAUACUGAAGAACUUUACAGCUGAAUAAAAAACAAGAAUGUUUUCUGUGGAGAGGUUCAGAGAUUUCGUCAACGAGCGGCUAACUGCUGCAGCUGAGGAAAUAUGGGCCGUUUUUUUAACAGCUGUCGUCGAGUACGAGGCAGAGAUCAACCGUCAGCGCAGAAUGCUGGACAUCGUUUGGAAACCUCACAUCCACUUACACAGAAUAGACGUCCCACAGCAACAUGUGUGUAAGGAGGAGGAGGUUUUGGCUGAGCAGCAGCUGUGUCACCAGGAGAGGAAGUCCAGUCUGGACCAGGAGGAGCCAGAGCCUCCACAGAUUAAAGAGGAGCAGGAGGGAGAGCAGAUCAAACAGGAGGAGACUGACAUGUUGAUUAUGACUCCUAAGGAGGAGGAAAGCGAGCACAGAGAAGCAGAUGGACAACAUGAACUCCAGCUCCUUUCUCACAACUUUCAUGUCGCUGAGACUCAAGAUCCCAAAGAGAACCAGCAGAAAGACUCAGAGAUAACUGGAAGAUCAAAACUCAGACAAGAGAGAGACAGAAAACACACAGAUGAGAGGCUGUUUUCAUGUGAAGUAUGUGGAAAAGACUUUAAAUAUAACUGUGUAUUGAAAAAACACAUGAUGACACACACAGGUGAUAAGCCUUUCUCCUGCAGCACCUGUGGAAAAGGAUUCUGUCAGAAAUAUGAUUUAAAUUGUCAUAUUUUUACUCACACAGGUAAAAAGCCACACAUCUGUGAUACCUGUGGAGCAUCAUUCACAGCGAAACAGUCAUUGCUUAGGCACAUCAGCAUCCAUACAGGUGAAAAACCACAUAUCUGCACAAUUUGCAACAAAUGUUUUACAUGUAAAGGUGAUUUGACAGCCCAUAUGAGACGACACAAUGGUGAGAAGCCUUUCUCCUGCAGCACCUGUGGAAAAAGAUUCUGUCAGAAAUCAGAUUUGAAUGAUCACAUUCUUACUCACACAGGUAUAAAGUCACAUACCUGUGAUACCUGUGGGAAAUCAUUCACACUGAAAAAACGUUUGAAAAAUCACUUACUUAUCCAUACAGGUGAAAAACCACAUACCUGCAUAAUUUGCAGCAAAUCUUUCAGAGAUAAAGGUUAUUUGACAGUCCACAUUAGAACACACACAGGUGAGAAGCCUUACUCCUGCGCCACAUGUGGAAAAAGAUUCAUUUCGAAAUCAGAUUUGAAUCAACACAUUCGUACUCACAAAGGUACAAAGUCAUAGUCCUGUGGUAUCUGUGGACAUCAUUUACCUGGAAAUGUGCUUUGGACAACCACCUAAAGAUCCAUGCAGACAAUAAUGCAUAAACUCCCUAAACAUGUGGCAGGUCUCUCAGAAUUGGUGCUGAAUUGGUUACUUGUAUUGAUUCUCAACUUUUGCCACCUAUAUGGAGCCAGGAUCCUGUCACUCUUUUGAAAAUUCUCCUACUGAAAAAACUGCCUUAAAGCACAGCCAUGAAACUGGUCAUAAAUCACACCAGGCACAGGGACAUCACAAACUGCUCUCUACUGCCAUUACCAACAUCUGUGCAUAGCCCCCCGUCACCACCUUCUGCUCUUACAAUCUCAAGCAUCUUCAGCAGAAUGCCUCACAUGUCAUUUGGCAAUUUCACAUCAGUUCAUUUCAGUCUGAACUACAGGAUGCCACAAGGGUCAGUUCUCAGUCCACUGUUGUAAAGCCUUUACAUACUUUCAUAUACAUUCAUAUACCAAUGAUAAACAGCUCCAUGUCUCACUCUCCCCUGGUAAUCUCAGUCCCAUAAAUCACUUGGUCAAAUGCAUCAAUGAAAUGAACCACUGGGUGUCACUAAAUUUUCUUCAUCUUAACAGAGAUAAAACAGAAAUCCUGAUAGUUGGUCCACAACAGAAGUCACAAGAAAUAAUUUCAUUUUUAUUUUCAUGUUCUUUAAAGCAGUGGUUCUCAACCUUGGAGUCAGGACCCCCUUCAGGGUCACGAGACACUGAGAAACUAAGAACAUAUAUUUUUUGAUUACAAUGUUGCCACUUUACACCUAUUUUAACACAUUUCUGCCAUUUAACACUUAUUUUUGCCAUUUUAAUCCCUUUUCACAGUUUUUUCUGCCUGUUUUGCCACUUCUUAACCAAU